CAUUGAUUCAGCAUGGAUUGCAGUUGGUUUGUUGAAUGUACCCCAUAACGUGGAGCUAGUGAAAGCAACCGCAAUUUGAUUGGUCUCCACAACAUUAUUUUUUUUCACCGGCGGGAGCUGUCGUGCAACCAUCACGAAAAAAGCAAGUGCAAAUGAACAGUGCAAACUCAAGAAGUGAGGAGAGUGAAUGGUCAACGAGUGAUAAGUCUGCAAGGUGGUUGAUUGCAUUGUAGAUUUACCUUGGAAAUGGACAGUGACAGUGCCAAUGAUGUGCAGGCAGAGCUGGACUCUGUGGAGGCAGAGCUGGAGGUGGUGGAGCUGCAGAUAGCUGAGCUGCUGGAGAAGCAGGCUAGCCUGACCUCCAGGAGGAAACGGCUGCUCCGCAAGCUGGAGGAGGCAUGUGACUCCGCUCAGCCCUCUGGAUCCUCCUCAGGCUCUGGAUCUGGAGCUGCAAUGACCAAGCAGGAGCUGCUGCGCUAUGAGAAUGAUGAUUUCUCAUGGUCUACAGAGCUGCAGCAGAAUCUGAAGGAUGUGUUCCAGCUCUCUAAGUUUCGUUCUCUCCAGCUGAAGGCCAUCAACCUUAGUAUGUCUGGUAAAGACCUCUUCCUAGUGAUGCCCACUGGACGAGGGAAAAGCCUCUGCUAUCAGCUACCUGCAGUCUGCUCUGAGGGUUUCACUCUGGUCGUAACUCCUCUAGUUUCUCUGAUGGAGGAUCAGCUCAUGUACUUAAAGUCCAUUGACGUUGAAGCCGUCUCUCUCAACGCAUCCAGCAGUAAGGAACAUGCUAAAAUGGUCCUAGCGGGGAUGACGGACACCAAAUCGCUUUUCAAGCUGCUGUAUGUGACUCCAGAGAAGAUAGCGAAGAGCAAGCUGCUGAUGUCGAGGCUGGAGAAGGCCUACAACGCAGGAAGGCUUAGCCGUAUUGCUGUGGACGAGGUGCACUGCUGCAGCCAGUGGGGACACGACUUCAGACCUGACUACAAGCUCCUGGGGAUCCUGAAGAGGCAAUUCCCAAAGGUUCCAUUGCUAGGGCUGACUGCCACAGCAACCAGCAGUGUUCUAAAGGACUGUCAGAAGAUCCUGUGUGUCCCUGAGCCAGUCACACUCACUGCCUCCUUCAACCGCACCAACCUCUACUACGAGGUACUUCUUAAAGACUCGAACAGUGUUGACUCAAUCAGUGACAUUUCAGCACUGAUCAAGGAGAGAUAUAAGGACCAGUCAGGGAUAGUGUACGUGUUUUCCCAGAAGGAUGCAGAAACUGUGUCAGCAGACCUACAGAAGAAAGGCAUCAAUGCAUAUCCAUACCACGCUAAUAUGAAUCCAGAGGACAAGUCACGGGUUCACCGCAAAUGGGCCAACAACAAGAUCCAGGUGGUGGUAGCUACUGUGGCGUUUGGGAUGGGGAUCGACAAGCCUGACGUCAGAUUUGUCAUCCAUCACACCAUCAGCAAGUCCAUAGAGAACUACUAUCAGGAGAGCGGACGAGCAGGCAGAGACGAUAAGCCGGCUGACUGCAUUGUGUACUUUGGCUUCAACGACAUCUUUAGGAUCAGCACCAUGGUUGUCAUGGAGAAUGUAGGACAACAGAAGCUGCUGACCAUGGUCGACUACUGUCAGAACGUAGACAGGUGUCGGCGCUCAGUGAUCGCUGUUCACUUUGAUGAGGUUUGGGACAAUGAAGGAUGCAACAAGAUGUGUGAUGUCUGUCGCCGUGGCAAUGACUACAUCACGGUGGACAUCACGCAGCAUGCUAAAGAUGUGGUCCAGAUUGUGGAGCUGGCGGGCUCUCUGGACGAGAAGCUGACCCUGAAGGUGACUGAGGCGUGGAUGGGGAAGGGUCCGGCCAAACGCAGGAAGAUGAUCCAGACCACCACCUUGUCUCGCCUGGAGGUGGAGGCCAUCAUCACAAGCCUAUUGCUGCAGGGAUAUCUCAGUGAAGACUUCAGUUUCACUCCAUACACUACCUACUUCUACCUGAAGCUGGGUCGUAAGGCCCCAAUGCUGAAGAACCAGAGUCACUCCAUCACCAUGAAGAGGAGGAGGACAGGCCUGGAAGCAAACACGGAGGACCAAUUAGCUGGUGGAGCUAAAGAGGUGGUGGUGACCUCCCAGUCCCCUCCUCCCUUUGCCCCCAACGACAGCAGCACUCCCCCUCCCAGACACAACAAACUGAUCAAGAUGCAUAAAGAGCAGCAGAAUCUGUCCAGGAAACGAGACGAGAACCAUGACCAGACAGAAAGCCAGACACGGGAGAACCAGAAUGACCCUGCUGCUGCCCAGCCCACUGCCAUUGAAGUAGACGUAGAGAUCAAUAUUGUAGAGAAAGUUAAUGACAGCGAAUCCCCAUUACCGCCAUUAAAACGCAAUUCUAAACCUAAAUCAACAACUCCUCAAAAGAAGCGGAGGAAACCCUGUACUUCUGCUCUUGCUGCAGUCCUAGCUCCCUCAGAAGCUGUGGUUACAGACUCUGAACACCAGAGGCCAGCAUUGGUCAACUCUCCCUCCCAUGUCUCCAUCAUCUCCGAGGCUGCAGUGGAGGAGCUCUGUGACCUGAGGAACUACUACAGCAAACAGCUGAGGCAGAUAAACGACAUUUCCCAUGAGUACUUGCAGAAUCAGGGGUGCUCAGACCCAGGGGUGCUGGCCUGUAUCAGAGAGCCACUAAAGAGCCUGCACCUCCCCCGUGGCUCAACCAUCGCCCGGACGGCACGCAACCUGUGGAACCGAGUCAGCUCCAGAAGGAAACUCAUACAAAGAUGACCAUUGACCUUCCUUGGGACAGUUGACGUUCAAAUAUGGACACUCCUGUAUCUCUCUCUUUCCAGGUUUCACGUUGCCAGACUUAGAGCCCUGGGGCAGACAAGUCUACUUUUUUUUUUAACACAUGUCCUAUUUUUCUGGACCGAGAGAAUAUCCCCAUCCAAGUUAAUUUGAGAUUGUAAUAUUUUACUGUUGGAUCAAUACCACUUGUUAGCCUAAGAUAAAAGAAUGAAGAGCUGGUUUUGUUUUGGAUAAACUUACCACACAUGAACUGAAAGGUUUGUUGAACUGAAGAAUGUUUUCACAAUGUAUUAUUUGUAACCUUUUUUUUUGAGCAUUCCCUAAUCUAAACAGCCAGAAUGUGCACGCUCGUGAAUUUGAUUCGCUCUAAUAUGUUUUAUAAUACUGCACUGCAGCUUUGAGAAGGUCCAUUCACAUUUGUGGAACACAGAAUAAUCUUUAGCUAUCAUUAAUAAACAGUGAUUUAAAAUUGAAAUGGUCACAUGAAACAUU